AUGUGUAAGGACAGGUCUGAUGAGAUGUGUAAUGACAGGUCUGAUGAGAUGUGUAAGGACAGGUCUGAUGAGAUGUGUAAGGACAGGUCUGACGAGAUGUGUAAGGACAGAUCUGUUGUAAAGUGUAAGGACAGAUCUGUUGUAAAGUGUAAGCACAGAUCAGUUUUAGAGUGUAAGGACAGAUCUGGUGUAGAGUGUAAGGACAGAUCUGGUGUAGAGUGUAAUCACAGAUCUGUUGUAGAGUGUAAAGACAGAUCUGUUGUAGAGUGUAAUCACAGAUCUGUUGUAGAGUGUAAGGACAGAUCUGUUGUAGAGUGUAAGGACAGAUCUGUUGUAGAGUGUAAGGACAGAUAUGUUGUAGAGUAUAAGCACAGAUCUGUUGUAGAGUGUAAGGACAGAUCUGUUGUAGAGUGUAAGGACAGAUAUGUUGUAGAGUGUAAGCACAGAUCUGGUGUAGAGUGUAAGGACAGAUCUGUUGUAGAGUGUAAGGACAGAUAUGUUGUAGAGUGUAAGCACAGAUCAGUUUUAGAGUGUAAGGACAGAUCUGGUGUAGAGUGUAAUCACAGAUCUGUUGUAGAGUGUAAAGACAGAUCUGUUGUAGAGUGUAAGGACAGAUAUGUUGUAGAGUGUAAGGACAGAUCUGUUGUAGAGUGUAAGGACAGAUCUGUUGUAGAGUGUAAGGACAGAUAUGUUGUAGAGUGUAAGCACAGAUCAGUUUUAGAGUGUAAGGACAGAUCUGUUGUAGUGAGUAAGGACAGAUCUGUUGUUAAGUGUAAGGACAGAUCUGUUGUAGAGAGUAAGGACAGAUCUGUUGUAGAGUGUAAGGGCAGAUCUGUUGUAGAGAGUAAGGACAGAUCUGUUGUAGAGUGUAAGGACAGAUAUGUUGUAGAGUGUAAGGACAGAUAUGUUGUAGAGUGUAAGGACAGAUCUUUUGUAGAGUGUAAGGACAGAUCUGUUGUAGAGUGUAAGGACAGAUCUGUUGUAGAGUGUAAGGACAGAUCUGUUGUAGAGUGUAAGGACAGAUCUUUUGUAGAGUGUAAGGACAGAUCUGUUGUAGAGUGUAAGGACAGAUCUGUUGUAGAGUGUAAGGACAGAUCUGUUGUAGAGUGUAAGGACAGAUCUGUUGUAGAGUGUAAGGACAGAUAUGUUGUAGAGUGUAAGGACAUAUCUUUUGUAGAGUGUAAGGACAGAUCUGUUGUAGAGUGUAAGGACAGAUCUAUUGUAGAGUGUAAGGACAGAUCUGUUGUAGAGUGUAAGGACAGAUCUGUUGUAGAGUGUAAGGACAGAUCUGUUGUAGAGUGUAAUCACAGGUCUGUUGUAGAGUGUAAGGACAGAUCUAUUGUAGAAUGUAAUCACAGAUCUGUUGUAGAGUGUAAUCACAUAUCUGUUGUAGAGUGUAAUCACAGAUCUAAUAUGAAUCCUGUAGGUAUAACACAGGCUAUCACAUCUUGA